UGAAGCUAAAGACUCUUAUCUUUUACCCCAUUGAAGCAGCUCUGACCGAUUAACCCUGUGGACAGGAAAGCAUGGCAAAGAAGGUGGCAGUGAUUGGAGCUGGUGUCAGUGGCUUGGCCUCCAUACGGUGCUGUCUGGAAGAGGGGCUGGAGCCCACCUGCUUCGAAAGGAGCAAUGAUGUUGGAGGCCUGUGGAAAUUCUCGGAACAUGCAGAAGAAGACAGAGCCAGCAUUUACCCGUCUGUAUUCACCAACUCUUCCAAGGAGAUGAUGUGCUUUCCGGACUUCCCGUACCCUGAGGAUUACCCCAACUUCAUGCACCAUGGCAAGCUCCAGGAAUACAUAAGGACAUUUGCUGAAAAGAAGAAUCUUUUAAGAUAUAUACAGUUUGAGACCCUGGUUUCUAGUGUAAAGAAAUGUCCCAGCUUCUUAGUUACUGGCCAAUGGGAAGUUGUUUCAGAAAAGAACGGGAAGCAGGAAUCAACUAUUUUUGAUGCUGUGAUGGUUUGUUCGGGACAUCAUGUGUACCCCAAUCUGCCAAAUGAUUCUCUUCCUGGCCUAGACCAGUUUCAGGGCCACUACCUCCACAGCCGGGAGUAUAAGGGCCCAGAGGCCUUCAAGGGGAAGAGAGUCCUUGUGAUUGGCCUGGGGAACUCGGGAUGUGACAUUGCGGUGGAGCUCAGUCGUCUGGCUACACAGGUCAUGAUCAGCACCAGAAGCGGUUCCUGGGUCAUGAGCCGGGUUUGGGAGGACGGCUAUCCUUGGGACAUGGUGUACAUUACGCGGUUUGCAUCCUUUCUCCAGAAUGUCCUUCCUUCAUUCCUCUCUGACUGGCUAUACGUGAAGAAGAUGAACACAUGCUUUAAGCAUGAGAACUACGGCCUGAUGCCUUUAAAUGGUGCCCUGAGGAAAGAGCCUGUGUUCAAUGAUGAGCUCCCAUCACGCAUCCUGUGUGGCACACUGUCCAUCAAGCCUGGUGUGAAGGAGUUCACAGAGACCUCAGCCGUGUUUGAGGAUGGGACCGUGUUUGAGGCCGUUGACUUUGUCAUCUUUGCAACAGGCUAUGCGUAUGCCUACCCCUUCCUUGAUGACUCCAUCAUCAAGAGCAGAAACAAUGAGGUCACCUUGUUUAAAGGCAUCUUCCCCCCAAUGAUGGAGAAGCCAACCUUGGCCGUGAUUGGCUUUGUCCAGUCCCUUGGGGCUGCCAUCCCCACAGCGGACCAGCAAGCCCGCUGGGCUGCUAAAGUGUUUGCAAACUCAUGUACCCUGCCAACUACAAAGGAAAUGAUGGAUGAUAUUGAUAUGAAAAUGGGAAAGAAACUCAAGUGGUUCGGACAAAGCCAGACUUUACAGACAGAUUACAUCACCUACAUGGACGAGCUGGGCUCCUUCAUCGGGGCCAAGCCUAACAUACCAUGGCUCUUCCUGACUGAUCCCCAGCUGGCGCUGCAGGUGUUCUUUGGUCCUUGUAGCCCAUAUCAGUUUCGACUUAUGGGACCGGGAAAGUGGGAGGGGGCCAGAAAGGCCAUCUUGACCCAAUGGGACCGGACAGUCAAGCCAAUCAGGACAAGAAGAGUCAGUGAAGCUCACAGACCACAACCUUUUCACAACUUGUUUAAAAUUCUCUUAUUUCCACUGCUUCUUCUACCUGUUUGGCUGGCACUUUAUUAAUGAAAGGGUUCUUGGGUCUCAGAGUUCAGCCUAGACGUUCAGUUACUGAUAUGCCUAUACAUGUACACGUAUAAAAUCUCAUACCUGCU